AUGGUUGUAGCAUCUGGACAUGCUACACCAAUGUUUCCAAAUGGAGCAACUUUUCAGCCUACAGGCCCAAUAAUAGGUGCAUCUUUUGGUGUUGGCACAAGGUCUGCACUUCAUCCUACAAUAACUUUUAAUGGGGAUGCAUUUGGUGUUUCCAAAAUUUCUGAGCGGCCUAGAAAGGCUUGGAUAUCUAAUUGGCUUAGGGAGGAAAUAAUUAAGAAUAAAGCUUCCAUCCUCAGUUAUGUCCCAGAGUUCCCUAAAGAGGAUUCCCAAUCCAUGAAAGAAGAAAGUGGUGAUAAAUCUUCUAGGAGGGGAGAUCAAGCAGACAGCAAAAGCAUUGAUUCUUCAAGAUCAACUGAAGAUGAGGACGAGAAUGAGGUGGACGUGGAGGCUGCUAGAUCUGCUGCUAUUAACCAGGAAAUAAAGUGGGUUCUAACCGAAGUGCUUUUGAAGGUUACUGAUGGACUUUUUGAUGAAAUUGCAACCAAAGUUCUGAAUGAAGAUGGUCUCACAGUUGAAGUUGACCACAACACUGACUUGUCAAAUCACAAAGUAUCACCAUCUACACCAGCUGGUUUAACAACCAUGGAUUUUGCAAAGGUUUUGAUUCUGACUAAGACGAAGGGAAAUGUGUCUGAGGAUGCUUGUGAAAAGUCUGUUGCUGCUGGGGAUGUACUUGGUCUUGCUAGUUAUGCCUUAAGAUGA